AUGGGACCUAAGCGAUCUAAUCGAUCGGUACCGUACAAUCCUGAACUACCUGCUAAUUGGACUUCGGCACGUUUGAGAGAAACUCUGAAUUCCCGCGGUAUUAACUUUCCCACCAAUGCUCGCCGAUCCGUGUUGAUACGUUUGAUUGAAGAGAAUGAGAAUCCUAUAAAUAGACCUACGCAGUCCCACAAUGACACAUCCCACAAUGCAACGCAACGAGUAAACAACAAUGGCGAACAGAGAGUGUUGGUAGACUUGGUGUCAAAGUUGACAUCAACGGUUCAAUCGCUGCAACAAAGUGUGGUGUCGUUAAACACUAGAGUGAAUUCUCUUACCGCUCAGGCUAAUAUUCAGUCGGACAAUGCCGUUGCAGGGAGACCGCUUCUCCGGACAGAAACGGCAAGAAAUGCAACACGGGUGACCACCGGUAACAACGAACCUCCAACUUCGGCGGGUCUGUCUACAGUACACGUAUCCACAGACUCUUUGCCCAUUUCUCCGACGAAUGAAAGCCGUGGUUAUGAUCUGGCUUCCGCUUUCCCUGCUUUCCAAUCGCGUCAAGUCUCGGCUGCUGCUGGAUCACCUGGUCAGCUCAACAAUGUGAGGACGACCUAUGGCUACGCUUCUGAAUCAUUACCAUUGGUAGAGACUAUAUCGCCACAACUGAGACAGCAGAUAGUGUCAGGUAAGGACGUGAACCUAGCCACUCUUCUUAUUCCCUACUUCACUCCCAUUGAGUCACCAGAGGGCAAGUCUGACCAGAGACUGCAACGUUUCCUGACCAUUGGGGAAUUCAUUCAAGCUUUCGGCAUUUAUAAGAACGUUAUGUGUGAGGCCUACCCUCACCGAAGAUCGGAAUUAGAUUUGUAUGAGAGAGACUUAGUGGACAUGGCCACCCGUUAUCCUGGGAAAGGUUUUUACGAAUAUCACCGCCAUUUUAGCCUUAUGGCCGCGGCUCAGCUGAAAUUCAACAACAUUUUAGUGGAUUGGUCAAUUCGUAACAAUACAUUGUUUUGCAACAUAUUUGCCAACUCAAAGCCCCAGUCAUGUGCUGCUUGCAACAGCACCCUACAUCUGACUGGAUUCUGUCCAUUGAAUGCCAACAGAAGACCCACUGACAGCAACGAUUCGUACGGGCGCAAGAGAAACUUCCACGCAGGUAGAGAAAUCUGCAACAAUUUCAAUGGACAACGGGGUUGUCAACUAGCCAGAUGCAGGAAUGCUCAUAUUUGCUUGGAAUGCAAAGAAGACCAUUCCAAACUUAACUGUCCAAGCACAAAAACUCCAGUUGGCCCCAGUUCUUUGGGGCCUCCACUCACCAGAAGCCACAGAGGGAAAUUUCGACUUCGAAAUAACGACACCAGUGCAGAUAGAUAUACUACAAGAUCUGCUGAUAGACCACCCAGAUAGGGAUUUCACACAGUAUUUGAUUAAUGGAUUACGAUGUGGCUUUUACACGGGGUUCAAAAAUAUUCCAAACAAUAACUUUGAAUGUAAAAAUCUCAAGUCGGCGAUUCAGUAUUCCAACAGUGUAACGGAACUACUACAACAGGAAGUUGACAAGGGUUACCUAUUGGGUCCCUUUACAGAUAUUCCUUUUCCUCAUUACCGUAUAAAUCCAAUUGGUAUAGCAAUUAGUAAAUAUUCUAAGAAAAAGAGACUCAUCGUGGACAUGUCGGCGCCUCAUAAUGACUUAGAUAAUCCUAGCUUGAAUGACUUGAUCAACAAAGAAGACUUUUCUCUCAGCUAUGUGACCAUAGACGAUGCUAUACAGCUUAUCAAAAAAUGUGGAAAGAAUUCUAUGUUGAUAAAAACCGAUAUCACAGAUGCAUUUAAAAUAAUGCCUAUCUGCCUUCAAUUGUGGCCCUUUCAUGGUGUUAAGUGGGAAAACCAAUAUUAUUUUUACAAACGUUUAGUAUUUGGAAGUCGUUCAAGUCCCAAAAUUUUUGAUAGCUUGUCCUUUGCAGUGUGCUGGAUUGCUACACACAAAUACCAAAUGCCCAAUAUUCUACACCUACUUGAUGAUUUCCUAGUAGUCGUUCCUCCAGACUCGAAUGCUACCGAAAUUAAGCUAAAGCUGCUUAGCCUUUUCAAAGACUUGGGGAUUCCACUGUCGGUUAAAAAGACUGAAGGCCCAAAUACGGAAUUGGAAUACUUGGGUAUCUACUUGGAUUCUUUCAACAUGAUAGCAAGGUUACCUAAGGACAAGAUUGAUCGCAUCUCAGAAAUAGUGGAAUCGUUCCUGCACCGCAAAUCCUGUACAAAAAGGGAAUUACUUAGUUUACUUGGACACUUAAACUUUGCAUGUAGAGUAAUCCUACCAGGACGAUCUUUUAUUUCACACCUUAUCGCUCUAUCCACAACUGUAGAACCAUUACAUUACCAUAUUCAGUUAGACAGUAUGUGCCGAGCAGAUCUCACUAUGUGGGCUAAAUUCCUUCGUUCAUGGAAUGGCGUUUCUUUUUUCAUCAAUGAUGACAUUGUGAAUGCAGCAGAUAUUCAACUUUUCACGGAUGCCACCCCAUCUUCCUUUGGUGGAUUUUACCAGAAUGACUGGUUUCUAGGAUAUUUUCCCAAAGAAAUUUUGCAAGAGAAGACAUCAAUGGCCUUCUUUGAACUCUACCCCAUAGUGAUGGCAUGUCUUCUGUGGGGCGAUAAAUGGAAAAGGAAGCGCAUUUUGUUUCAUUGUGAUAACAGAGCAACCGUAGAUAUUAUAUGCAAGGGACGUUCGAAAAUUAAAAGCAUAAUGAAACUUAUGAGAACUUUGACUUUUCACGCGGCUAGCAACCAUUAUAUCAUUCAUGCUAAGCAUAUUGAAGGUACAAAAAACUGUAUUGCUGACUCUCUCUCUCGUUUCCAGAUGCAGAGAUUCCGAACCUUAGCUCCCCAAGCCAACCCCUUUCCAGUGCCUUGCGUGCAUCAUUCGGUGAUGAUGACAGACUAGAUCAGGAGUUGCAGGGACUUUGGGAAGCUUCACUGAACCAGUCAACUCGCAAGACAUAUUCUUCAGCCUUACAGUGUUUUCAGAACUUUAUGAUUAUGAAUGGUGCUAAGUUCUCCAAGCAUGGGUUACCUCUCAUACAAGAAUCAGACCUUGUUUAUUUUGUGACACAUUGUAAAUCGGUGCUGAAAUUGAAACAUGACACCAUUAAAUUAUAUCUUGCUGGCAUUAGGUUUCACUAUAUUAAGUCUGGAUUGGGCGAUGUCUUGAAAGGAUGCGAUCAGUUGCAUUAUGUGUUAAGAGGUGUUAAAAGAUUACAGUCAAAUGUCCAUCACAAGCGUUUUCCUAUUACUACAAGAAUUUUAGCACAAAUAUGGAAUGUUUUAGACCAGGGAGUUUUUUCUCCUUUUGUAGAUCUCAUGUUAAAAUGUAUGUAUUCAUGUGCAUUUUUUGGUUUUUUGAGAUGUGGUGAAAUCACAUGCAAAUCUCAGAAUGUAGAACAAUUUUUACAAAUCUCAGAUGUACAUAUUAAACCAGGAGGAAGUGCUUUUGUUUUGAAAUUAAGAACCUCCAAAACAGAUCCAUUUUCAAAAGGUGUUGAAAUUGUUAUUUUUGAAAAUGACCACUUUAAACCGGUGUACACCAUGAUAUCAUAUUUAGAUGCUCGCAAAUCUCUGUUUAGUUCAAACACUGGCAAAUCGCCAUUAUUUGUAGACAAUGAAUUUAACCUUAAACCCAUGCCAAGAGACACUUUUGUUCUGCAACUGAAAGAGAUACUCCUUCGGAUUGGAUAUGAUGAUAACAAAUUUUCAGGUCAUUCUUUUAGGAUAGGUGCAGCUACAGCAGCGGCUGCAGCUGGUGUUGAAGAUCAUGUUAUUAAAGAAUUAGGUCGUUGGUCUUCAGACUGCUACAACAGAUAUAUUAGAACAGAUGUAGAGGCUGUUCAAAAAGCACAAGUACAAAUGUCAUAUUUGUAAUAUGUUGUUUCUUUUUUUUUUUUUUUUCUACUGUGUACAUGAGCCUAUUAUUAUUACAUGUUAAAAAUUUUUUUUUUUUUUCUUUUUUCAUGACUACCGGUUCUUGGGGGCUUCACUCAUUCCUUUCGUUCAUUUGGCGUUCAUUCCUGGGGGAAUUUUGCCCCCAAGGGAUUAUUUACUUAUUACAUACAUUAUUUGUUUAUAUGUACAUGUAUUGUAUUAGAACCUGUAUAUGAAUUAUGUUGGCAGGCGGUAUAUUGUAGAUAUUAGGUUGACACGUUUUUCGGGCAGGAAUCUCGGCCACGUCUAUGUUUCUCUGUAUAUACAUGGUUAAGCUCACAGAUCAGCUCGAGCUUCAUUGGAUUUGUAUUCGGGUUUGUUGGUUACCCGCUGGGAUCAGCCCCGGGUAAGCUCCCUGGGAUCAGCCCGGAGCUUCAUUUCCAUUCAGUUUUGCAUGCAUGGGGAUUUGCUCAUUCAGCUCCCUGGGAUCAGCCCGGAGCUUCAGUCUGUUUUCUCGCCCGCUGGGAUCACCCCGGGCAGCUCCUUGGGAUCAGCCCGGAGCUUGUUUUGUGUUCAUUAACCCGCUAGAUUCAGUCGCGGGUAGCUCCUUGGGAUCAGCCCGGAGCGUCAUCACUCCUUUUGGACCCGUUGGGAUCAACCCGGGGUAGCUCACUGGGAUCAGCCAGUUGCUUAGUUGUGGUUUUAGUCCAGAUGGUCGUACGUGACCUGCUGGGAUCAGCCCAAGGCUAGUUCACUAGAGUUAGUGUAGAGUAGAGUAGAGUACAUAUAGUUAUGUAGUAUUGGAGUUAUAAGAAUGAGAAGCCCCCAGAACGCCAAACUGUAUUUUAUUUUUUGUUGUUUUGUACAUAUUGUAUGUUCUUCUGAUGUAGGCAUGUAUGUUAGUAAUCAAUAUGAGUUUUCAGUUGGAUAUGUAAAUAAAUGUUAAACUCUGACUGUCUGGUGGUUGUGUAUAAAUUGAAAUUUGAUUUAUUAAAUUAUUAUUUAUACACAACGUUGGUUUCCUUUUCCUGUACUUAGCUAACUAUGUUUAAUUAGGAUAUUUGAUGUUGCUUUGUUUUUAUUUAUCAUAUCGAUUCUAAAAUUAGAUUUGGUAUUGGUCAGUGUAAUUAGAUGACCAAUCAGAUUAGAGUAGCCGGGAGCAUUGAUGCCUAGAGGGGGAUGCUGAUUAAGUUCAUUGUAUAGCCUUGUAGGAGACUGAAAGUAACAGCAGCUACCCACCCACCUUCCCCAUCAACUUCCCCGGCUCUCUUCUCUUAUUGGGGCUCCUCAUUCCUUUUGUUCAUGGCGUUCAUCCCUGGGGGAAUUUUGCCCCCAAGGGAGCGUUCAUUCCUGGGGGAAUUUUGCCCCCAAGGGAUUAUUUACUUAUUACAUACAUUAUUUGUUUAUAUGUACAUGUAUUGUAUUAGAACCUGUAUAUGAAUUAUGUUGGCAGGCGGUAUAUUGUAGAUAUUAGGUUGACACGUUAUUCGGGCAGGAAUCUCGGCCACGUCUAUGUUUCUCUGUAUAUACAUGGUUAAGCUCACAGAUCAGCUCGAGCUUCAUUGGAUUUGUAUUCGGGUUUGUUGGUUACCCGCUGGGAUCAGCCCCGGGUAAGCUCCCUGGGAUCAGCCCGGAGCUUCAUUUCCAUUCAGUUUUGCAUGCAUGGGGAUUUGCUCAUUCAGCUCCCUGGGAUCAGCCCGGAGCUUCAGUCUGUUUUCUCGCCCGCUGGGAUCACCCCGGGCAGCUCCUUGGGAUCAGCCCGGAGCUUGUUUUGUGUUCAUUAACCCGCUAGAUUCAGUCGCGGGUAGCUCCUUGGGAUCAGCCCGGAGCGUCAUCACUCCUUUUGGACCCGUUGGGAUCAACCCGGGGUAGCUCACUGGGAUCAGCCAGUUGCUUAGUUGUGGUUUUAGUCCAGAUGGUCGUACGUGACCUGCUGGGAUCAGCCCAAGGCUAGUUCACUAGAGUUAGUGUAGAGUAGAGUAGAGUACAUAUAGUUAUGUAGUAUUGGAGUUAUAAGAAUGAGAAGCCCCCAGAACGCCAAACUGUAUUUUAUUUUUUGUUGUUUUGUACAUAUUGUAUGUUCUUCUGAUGUAGGCAUGUAUGUUAGUAAUCAAUAUGAGUUUUCAGUUGGAUAUGUAAAUAAAUGUUAAACUCUGA